GACUUUUUCAGCGCAGUUCAAAUCGUGCCCAUAUCAAGUGCGACGUUUGUAGAGACCGGGUGUCAUCAUCAGCUGUUGUUCUUUUAGCCGGUUCUUCAGUGAACAGUUACUUUACCUCAUCAUACCAAUUUUUAUAUCAACCUCAUAUCAGAAAAGAUGUCUUGCCCAAUGCCUGCACCACCUGCAUUGAAAGAUUUGCCAAAAGUAGCUGGUGAUCUCAAAAGCGAAUUGGAGGCUUUCAAGGCAACGAAUUUGAAGAAUGCAGAUACCCAAGAAAAAAUUGUAUUACCGUCAGCAGAAGAUGUAGCUCAAGAACGUAGUCAUAAUGCUCUUUUCGCCAGUGUAGAAAAUUUUAAAGCUUCAUCAUUGAAAAAAACAGAUACUAGGGAGAAGAUUGUAUUACCUAAUGCAAAAGAUGUAGCUGCGGAGAAAACUGAAAAGGCAUUGAUUGAGGGUAUUGAACAUUUCGAAAAGAAUAAAUUGAAACAUACAGAAACUCAAGAAAAGAACCCACUUCCUGAUAAAGAAGUUGUAUUGCAAGAGAAAAACCAUCAGAAUCUUUUGAGUGGAGUAGAACAUUUUGAUAAAGCAACAAUGAAACAUACAACAACUACAGAAAAAUUUGUCUUGCCUGAUAGUGAAGUUAUUCAAUUAGAAAAAGGACAAAGACAGCUUAUUUCUGGAAUAGAAAAUUUCGAUAGUUCCAAACUCAAGCAUGCCGAAACCUGUGAGAAAAAUCCUCUACCCACAAAGGAAAUAAUUGAUCAAGAAAAGUGUGCAUAAGACUUUGGCUCAUAGUUAUCAGUGAUAUAAAACUUCCUAAAACUGAUGAUAUCGCAUAAAAUCAAUUGAGAAUUAUUGUUAACGAAUAUUAAGGGAACACAUUCAAAUUCUUGUGGAAGAACAUUGGGAUAAUUCUUGAUUCCUUUUAUGUACCGUAUAAGCUCAUGCCAAUUUUAUAUUAUUUUAUACUUUUUUACAUAUUCAUCUAUUUAUAAUGGUACUACUGAAGAUUUGUAAUUGUAGGAUUAGCUUUUACUUCCAAAUUUUGAUACUACUAAUAUUUUAUUAUUAAGAUCUUAUUUUAUUGAGAAUGUAGAAUUUCAAUGUGGAGUUGAUUUUGCAUGAUUGUGCUUCAAUAAACAACCAACUUGUAAAUGAAUUAGUAUUCAAUACUGCCCUUGAGUAGAUAUAUGAUAGUGAAGGAAGAAUACCUAAACUACUUUACAAUAUAGGAAGACUAAAUUGUUCGACCUUGCUUUGAAUAAAUAAGUUUUUUUUUUAUUUCAAAAACUGUUAUUAUUUCGAAAUUUUUAAUUUUCAUAUCCAAAGAAUAAUUCCUUUGCAAUGGUCUAUUUUACAUUUUACUCACAGAGGAGUUAAGUGUAUUCCCUGUUGAAAGGGAAGGAAUUUUUGAAGAAUAAAUAAAUAAAUGUUCAAGCUUU